AUGGCAGAUACUGAGGAAUAUUUUCCACGUGGAGGCAAAAAACCUACAACAACUUAUUUUAAACAAAGUGAAAAUUUUUUAGGAGCUGCUGAAAAGGGAGAAAGAAAAAAGAAGAAGAUAAAAAGGAAAUCAGAAAAUGAUGAUGGAUAUUUAUCUGACGAAGUGCAAACAGAAGAUGAUCAGUCUUUUAAAAGUUGUUCUAUAUGGUUAAAUUAUAAGGUGGUUAAAGAAGGUCUUCUUCUAUUGGGAAGAAUCCGUCAAGUGCUAGAAACUAAAAUAUACAUUGCUCUCCCAUGUAGAAUGAGUGGUGUUGUUAUGGCAUGUCACAUAAGUGAAGCUUAUAAUAAAAUAUUAGAAGCAUAUGUAAAUGAUCAGACAGAUACAGUGAAAGAGUUGCCACAAAUGUUCCGACCUGGGCAGUAUGUAGCUGUAAAAGUCCUAGAGGUGGCAGAACAAAACCUCAUGCUGUCUAUGAUGCCACAACAUAUUAACAGUAGCAGAAUGCUUGGUGAUUUGCAUAAAGGAGCUCUUCUUCAAGCUGCCGUACUAUCGGUAGAAGACCAUGGGUAUGUAAUGGAUAUUGGCAUACCAAACACUAGGACAUUUUUACCAAAGGAUUCUGCAAAUCCUGAAAUUGAAUUGGAUAUUGGUAUGCUAACCUGGGUCACCAUUAAAUCCAACCCAUCAGUUGACAGCAGCGUGAUCAAACUCAGUAAUAUAUUAACAGAUUUACAGAGAGGAGUGCAAAAAAGUAAAACCAAUACACUUUUCCCUGGUACGGCCUUGGAUUUUACUGUGGAUAAGCCAUUAGACAAUGGUAUAGAAGGCCACAUAUUGGACAACACAACUGCCUACAUACAGAGACAUCAGGCUGAUUUAGUUAAAGGAAAGAAACCAGCUCUCGGACAGAAGAUCAGAGCCAGAUUACUGUAUGUAGUGCCUCCAAAGAAUACUCCGUACCUCACAAUGAAAAGCAUAUUCGCAUCCACCCUCCCCGACUUGAGUGUAGAGCAAAAGUUAAAAGAUGGCGACAUUAUUGAAGAAGCUAAGGUUCUAAAAAUCGCUGGUCGGUCCAUCCAUAUGAAGUUAGGCGAAGGAAGUAUAGGGAUAUUGAGUCUGCGCAGAGUGGCCGUACAUGAAGACCUCACCGAUGAACAAGUGCUAGCAAAAUCUUAUCCCAUUGGCAGCACUCAUAAAGUGCGAGUUCUAUGUUACAAUCUCAGCGACUACGUGUACUCUUUGAGCGACGAUGCCGCCAUUUUGAAUGAGAAAUACUUCAACCUGUCGCAACUCAACAUCGGGGACAUAGUACCGGCCACGGUCACUUCUGUUGCCGAUAACCACUUGAGGGUUAACGUUGGAAGGGUUAGUGGUUAUGUACCACAAUCCCAUAUGACGGACACAGGAGUUUUCAUCGACCCAAAAAAAGCCACGCACUCUAAGUUGCCCAAGAAAAAGUUUAAGGUGGGACAAGAGGUGAAGGCUCGCGUGCUGGCGAUAGACUUGACCAAGCACCAGCUGACCCUCUCCCUGAAGCCCACGCUGCUGGAAGAAGACCUGGAAGUUCUAAAGAGCUACAAAGAGGCGCAAGUUGGGAAAAUGUAUACUGGAGUUGUGGCGCAUAUCAGAGAUUACUUAAUAGUAUCGUUCUUUAACAAUGUGACGGCGUAUGUGCCUCGCAGGCUGGUUACCACCGAACCCAUAGACAGUCUUACACAUGCCUUUCAUCAGGGACAGAUUGUAAAAUGUACGAUCAUGUCAGUAAAUGCAGAGACAAAAAAAAUGUCCGGAAGUCUCAUAACAAAGACUUUUACUCCGAUUGAAAACCUUAAAAAACCCACUAAAAGAAAAGGAAAAGAUAAGGAAUCAGCACCUCCUUCUAAAAAACAAAAAACAGAUAUAAAGAAAAAGGAAGCUAAAAAAGAUAAUGAAAAUUCCGAAAUGGACGUAGAUGAAUCUGAAAUAAAUGAAAAUAGUAAUAAGAAACAAAAACAAAAGAGAAAUAAAAAAGAUCAAUCUGAAAAUAUAGAUAUUGAUAAAACUGAAGAAAUUGAAACUAAAAAAGCAAAAAAGAAAGAGAAGAAAAACAAAGAUAAAUUAAAUAAAGAAGACAGUUCAAAUGAAAUUGACACUAAAGAAGAUAUUGAAACCAAUGAACAGAAUAAAUCAAAGAAAAAUAAAAAGAAAAAGAUAGAAGAAAAAAGUGAUGUUCAAGAAGAACAAAAAGAAAUAAAAAAAAGUUAUAAAAAAGAUAUUACAAAUGAAAUUAAUACUGAAGAAGAUGUUGAGAGCAAUGAGCAAAAUAAAUCAAAGAAAAAUAAAAAGAAAAAGAAAGAAGAAAAAAGUGAUGUUCAAGUAGAAAUAAAAGAACAAAAAGAAACGAAAGAAGCAUCGGAAGAAAGUGAUGCGAUAGAGACUGACAUACAUGAAGACAGUGACCAAAUAUUGACACCGCAAGAUUUGAAUUUAAUCGACUUAUCCGACUGUGACACGGCAAAAAGUUAUAAAAAAAGAGUGGUGUCAUUAAUUAAGGCUAUUAAAGCUAGGACUAACAGAUUAAAUAGAGUGGAAAAAAAGAUAGAAGCCAUAGAGCAAAAAGGUUUAAAUGCGGCAAAUAAAAAAUAUCACACAGCUAUGAACAUGGAGAGGCUAGUCAUUGAAGAAAGAAUAAAGAAACUUAUGGAAACGCUUACGAUCGCCCAAGAUAAAUUCAAACAGCUUGAUGUAGAAUCAAACAAAGAUUUGAAAAAGAAAAAAAAAUUACAGUUGCCUGCAAAGAUCAUUAGCAAAUUUGAAACAAAAAAAGAUUUAGAAGAUAACGAAGAUGAAGAAAAAAGUAAAAGGAAAAAGAGAAAUAAUAAAGAAGUAAGUGGCAAAGAUAGUAAAGAUGAGGAAAACAAGGAAAAGACAGAAAAAAUAAGAAAAGUGAAGGUACUUGAAGUGUUGAAGCCCAUUGUAGAAGUUCCAAGUGCUAAAGACUUCUGGUCUUUGAGUGCUGAAGAUGUCAAUAAUACAAGGGAGGAAGAAUCUAGCAGUAGUGAGGAAGAGGAGGAAGAGAAGCCUAAGAAGAAAAGGAAGAAGCUCUCCAUAGCAGAGAAAGCAGCGAAAGCGAGAGAAGAAGAGGAAAGAAUAAGAGAGAUGGAGAAGAGAGCGAUUGAAAGUGAGAACGCACCGCGCUCGAGCGACCACUUCGAGAGGGCGUUGCUCUCCGAACCCAACUGCAGCCAGCUGUGGAUCGCUUACAUGGCCUUCCAUUUACAGGCAACAGAAAUGGAGAAAGCUCGAGCGGUUGGACGCAAGGCACUCAACAUCAUCAACUUCCGCGAGGAGGCAGAGAAGCUCAACGUGUGGCUCGCGCUGCUCAGCCUCGAGCACCGCUUCGGUACUAAGGAAAGCCAGCAAAAGACUCUUGAAGACGCUCUCCAAAUGAACGAUACAUACCAAGUGCACUCAAAGCUCCUGGAGAUCCUGGUAGACACCAGCAAGCACCAGGAGCUGGUGGCGCUCGUCGAGCUGAUGAUGAGGAAGUACAGGAAAGACCUGGACGUCUACAUCAGGUGUGGGGAGGCAUGCUAUAAGGCGGGCCUCGUGGAUAAGGCGAGAUAUGUAAUGCAGAAGGGUAUAGCAGCGUUGGAGAAGAAGGAACACGUCUCUCUGCUGGUACGCUUCGCCCAAAUGGAGCGGCUGCGGGGAGAGCGCGAGCGGGCGGAGGCUCUGUUCGAACAAGUCAUAGCCGUGUACCCGCAGCGGGUGGACGUGUGCUGCGCCUAUGUGGACAUGUUGCUGGCCUUCAGGGACGUUGAACAUGUUCGUCAAGUGAUGGAGCGUAUGACGUCACAGAAGUUGCCAGCUCGAAAAAUGAAAGUGUUAUUCAAGAAGUGGAUAGAAGUGGAAGAGAAGAUCGGAGACCAAGAUCAAGUGGAAAGCAUACGACAACGCGCCCUUGAAUUUAUAGAUAAAGCCAAGUUU